AUGAGUGAAUUAUCGAACACCGAUUUCCAAGAUUCAUGGGCAUGCUAUAUGGUGCUAACAAUGCUACAAGCCACAUGUGGCACCCGCUCUGUUUACUCAUCAGUACUUGAACAUCAUUUAAACAUGACUCAGGUACAACGGAACUAUUUGAUGGUUGCUCUGGACACUGGGAGAAUUUCCGGAUGGUUCUUAACCACAAUGGUUAACUAUAUGCAACCAUGGAUGAUUUUACUAAUCGGGUUAAUUUUUCAAUCAGUAGGUUUUGGUGUUCAAUACUUUCAUCUCAUUCAUAAAAUCCCUUCCCUCCCUUACUCUUACAUUCUCUUGCUAAAUCUUCUAGCCGGAAAUAGUAUCUGUUGGAUCAACACUUACUGUAACAUAGUAGCGCGUAAGCACUUGAAGAGUGAUUACAACACCAUAACUGCCCUAAUGUCUUGCUAUUCUCUGUUGGGAACAAAGAUAUACACUUUGUUAGUUGAAGGAAUGGAAGGAAGGGAUGCUCCUCAAAUUACAGAUACCUAUCUCCUCUUGAUUUGCAUAGUUCCAGCAGCUGUUGGCAUAACCGUUGUCCCUUUAGUCAGCUGCAAGAAAUUUAUGCAUAUGGGAGGACCAGAGGUAUUUCCAACAGCAUUCAUUGUUGCUGUAUUUACUGGAGCGUAUGCGUCGACAGAAGGAAUGAUAUCAAAGUUCAGGUACAUUUCCCCGCAUUUGAGUCUGGUGAUCUUAUUCUUGGCGAUGGUGGUACCUUUAGCAGCACCACCACUUAUAAAGUUGAGCUGGUUCACAUUGAAAAGGUGGCAAUCUCAAGUUAUGCCCAUAUCGAAUAUAGAAUCUACGCAGCUUUCAGACACAAGACCAGUUAUAGUGGCUGAGAUCAUACAUGAAGGACAAAAAGAGAAGGAUAAGAAGGAAGAGAUCGAGAUAGAGGCAGAUGCUAAGGUGGAAAAUGAACAGGGAACAAAGAAUCCAGUAAUAAAUACAGAUUUUAUGUUGUUCUUCUGGAUGAAUGCAUGUGGAACUACUCUAGCAUUGGUUUAUACAAACAACUUGGGACGAAUAUCUCAAUCUCGUGAAAGCUACACACCUUCCGUUUUGUUAGUCUUGUCUUCAACGGUUAGUUUCUUUGGGAGGGUCUUUGCAGCUACUUUUGAUUGGUAUACAAGGGACAGGAGGUUGUUGUCAAAACCAGCCCUAAUUGCGUUUAUCAUGAUUCCAAUGCCUGCUUCAUAUUUUUUACUUACAAGUGAAAGUAGCAUCAGUUUGUACAUCAGCACAGUCAUUCUAGGAGCCUGCUAUGGAGCCUUAUAUUCAAUAACCUUAGCCACAUCAUGUGAGAUUUUUGAACAUCAAAACUCCACAUUAAGUCAGAAUCUUGUUCUCACAAAUAUUCCAUUUGGUACUUUGCUCUUUGGGCAAAUAGCUGCCCUCCUAUAUGACAAAGAUAUUGAAAGUGGAAAGAGCAUCUGCAUGGGAUUCAAAUGCUAUCGGGAAACAUUUAUCAUCUGGGGAUCUAUUUGCUCCGUAGGGUAUGCUGCUGCUGUUGAUGCUCGACAGCCCUUCCUAUUUCCGGCGUCCAUGGCGUCUUUCUUCAUUUAA